CGUCGGUCUGCGUCCAGUUUACAGGAGGCGAAAACGCGCCGCAGCGACUUUUCCUGGCGGAUAAACUUUCACCGAGCGGACAAAAGUCUCGGACAGAAAGUAGUCUCCCCUGUCAGUGAACACGGCGUGCGUGUUAGCUGACGCAUACCAGAGACGGAAACAUGGCGUCCGGGAAGAACAAGAACCAGGGUUCUCUGGUCCUUCACAAAGUGAUCAUGGUUGGGAGUGGCGGUGUUGGCAAGUCUGCUCUCACUCUCCAGUUCAUGUAUGAUGAGUUUGUUGAGGACUAUGAACCCACCAAGGCAGACAGCUACAGGAAGAAAGUGGUUCUGGAUGGGGAGGAGGUCCAGAUCGACAUCCUGGACACCGCGGGUCAGGAGGACUACGCUGCCAUCAGAGACAAUUACUUCCGGAGCGGAGAGGGAUUCCUGCUGGUAUUCUCCAUUACCGAGCACGAGUCCUUCACAGCCACCUCGGAAUUCAGGGAGCAGAUCCUGCGGGUGAAGGAGGAAGAAGGGAUCCCUCUCCUCCUGGUGGGGAACAAAUCGGACCUCGAGGAGCGCCGGCAGGUGUCGGCUGAUGAGGCCACAGCGAAAGCAGGGCAGUGGGGGGUGCAGUACGUGGAGACCUCGGCCAAGACCCGCGCCAACGUGGACAAGGUCUUCUUUGACCUCAUGCGGGAAGUCCGGAAGAAGAAAAUGGCCGAGAGCAAGGACAAAAAUGGACCGAGUGGGAAGAAGAAGAAACAGCGCUGCUGUAUACUUUAAUCAGGAAGUACUCCCGGUGGGAUGUCGAGGUCGCGGAAGUCAAGCCCCGCCCCCCACCGCGUGGACUGAGCCAAUCGGGCAGCUGCAGUUAAACUGCACAUUUCCUGGAUGCCACACAGUUAAUCUCCAAACAGCGGCGGUAACCACCGACACUGCUUCAAUUUCCAAACUGAGAGACCACAUACCACAUUUCUCUCAUCAAAUGGUAAUGUUUUGUUUUUUUAAGAGCGCCAGUCAAGACUUUAUAUUUUCUGGUUCUGUGCAAACUCUGAAUUUGUGUUGAAUCAGGUUCAAGCCAAAGUUUCUUUCUCACAAGUGGAAAAUUAAAUGUCCGUUCGUCAGAAUACACGUCACUGAUUGGCCACGUUCAGAAAAACUCAAAAAGUGUUGGUACUAUUUCUCUUGUGUCCUCGCUGAGCGGUAAACGCACACACCUGUUAGAAGGCCCAUUCUGAACCGUUGGCGUCUGCCUCUGAUCAGUCUACAUGGAGUCCUUCAUCAUCACAUAGUCCAUCCCUUUAAAACAAAGACGGGGUAGUAAGUAGGACCGUAUGCCAACUUCUAAAAGCCCAGCAAAGUCAACUUUUAAUUCAGGUUCAGCUUGGUGGGUCGGACGUAUGUAGGACAGAGAAAGGGACACUAACCGUUCAGAAAAUGGUUUUAAGCCAUGUUGGCAGACGCAUAUGUUUUUUUGAUGGUGAGGAAAGGAACAAAACUCAAAUUUUAUGUGUAAAGAGUCAAAUCACUUUGUUUCAUACAUUUCGAGAGACACUGGGGCCAUGCUGAGUCGCUGGGUCUUUGGUUUGGGUCUGGAGAAGAUGUUCUCAUGUUAUCACAGAUUUACCAGCCAACGCCACUGACUCUUUAUUUGGUGACUGAUAGUUUCCUGUGUCACCAGACGUGGAAGACACAUGGGUCUGUUUUUUUAUGCCGUUACUGGAUUGUACAUCAACAAAAUCGGCUCCCGGUUUUUCCGAUCCGUUAGCCACCUCGGCCAGUUAGCAAACCUCCAGUUUCCCAUCCUGAAUUUGCAGGUUGGUUUUUUUGCCGGAGCCAUCAUCCUAUUGCAGGAAGGCAGCCUUCACUUCACACAUCUGAAAGGUGCACGGAUGAGCAGCGGUCAUUAUGUUGCUAAAGGACUUGGUCUUGGUUUCAGUGUGCGGUAACCACAAACGUUUGACCCGAUAUAUUCCCUCACCAACACCAACCUUUCAAGGGUUUGUUAAAUACUUAAAAACAAGUAUGUCUGUGUACCACAUGUACCAGAAGGCUGUCGAGUAAAGGCAAUAUCAAAUAUACUAAGAAAUGGUUCACUGAAAAGAAGAAAAAAAGGUCACAUGACUAGCGUCCACCAACAACAACCUGAAGCCAGUUCUGACACAGCAAGAGACCGUUUGAAUGUAAAUCACAUUGAGGGUUUUUUUUUUUUGGUUUUUUUUUGUGAAUUUUUCCCCCAUUUUCUCCGCAGUUGUAUCUGGCCAAUUAUCCCACUCCCCUGAACUACCCCGGUCUCUGCUCCACCCCCUCUGUCGAUCCGGGGAAGGCUGCAGACUACCACAUGCCUCCUCCCAUACAUGUGGAGUCACCAGCUGCUUCUUUUCACCUGACAGUGAGGAGUUUGACCAGGGGGGUGUAGCGCGUGGGAGCGUCACACUAUUCCUUCCAGUUCCCCCUUCCCCCCCUGAACAGGUGCCCCGACCGACCAGAGGAGGCGCUAGUGCAGUGACCAGGACACAUCAACAUCUGGCUUACCACCUGCAGACACGGCCAAUUGUGUCUGUAGGGAUGCCUGACCAAGCCGGAGGUAACACAGGGAAUUGAACCGGGGAUCCCCAUGUUGGUAGGCAACACAAUAGACCGCUACGCUACCUGGAUGCCCACGUUAUGAGUUUUUGGUAAAUUUCUCUAUACCUUCACUUGCCAUGUAGCCGUAUUUGUGACGACCGUACCUGGUGUUAAUGGAAUUUAAAGGGCUUUUCCCCAAACCGUCGAACGGCGUCUGAGGAGCGUCCAUUUUUCACGUCAUUUCUUUUGACAUCAGGACACACGUCGUCACACAUUCCUGAUAUACAUUUAUGUCUACACACACUUUUGUGUAUAAAUGCUUCCAUUCUUCAGCUAUCACACCAACGCUACUGUAUUUAACUUGGACCCACACGUCAUGGGGACUGUACUGAACUGUACUCCUGUAUUUAUCACAUCAAGUCGUUCCCAGACGUCGUCUGUGAUUUGUAAUGGAUUUGACACAAUGCACUUUUGGGCCAAAUUGCAUGUCUGUUUUUCUUUGCUACACAAAUAAAGUCAUUUACAUUUGAUAAUAAAAAAAGCAGCUGGUUGUUC